AUGUCACAAGAUUAUGAGGAACCAUCACUGUUGCGCAUUCAACCACCAGAGAAUAAUGGAAUUGUUGAUUUUAAUAUAUCUGUUAAAAAUGAAUUUACAGCAGAAAAAUCAAUUGUUAUAUCACAAAAGAGUGAAUUCAAAUCAAUAAAUGCAGAUACAAAAUAUGAAAACCAUAAACCAACAGAUGAAGAUACUGAUCCAAAAGGUGAAGAUCCUGAUACAAAGGGUGAAGAUCCUGAUACAAAGGGUGAAGAUCCUGGUCCAAAAGGUGAUAAAACAGAUCCAAAAGAUGGAGAAAAUAAACUCGUUUCACAAACGCCAGAACCGGAAAGCCAAAGUAAGGGUGGUUCAUCAAAGACAACAGGAAUUAUUAUAGGAUCCAUUUUUGGAGUUUUAGCUGUUGCAACAGCUGUUGUCGUCGUCGUAAUAUUUAUUAUUAGGAAGAAAUCUUCAUCAAAUGCUGAAGAUUCUGGAGAAAAUCUAGAAGAAGAUAAAAAAGAAGAUUUCUCAUAUGACCUUGACGUUUAA